AUGACAACUGCAGGGCAACUGAAAGAAUUCAACCCUGCUUCCGCUUCAUUCGAGGUAUACGUCGAACGUUUUGAGUUAUAUGUGGCAGCGAACAGCAUCCCGGAAGACAAGAAGUCUCAACUGUUCCUCACAGCCCUUGGGGAUGAAGCCUACACCACUCUACGUAGUAUUCUUCUGGACAAAGCCCCCAAAGACGCGGUGUACAAGGACAUAGUAACUCAGCUGAAAAAACACUACGCACCAAAGCGUUCAGUAGUUGCUGAGCGGUACCAGUUUCAGAGAAGGAGCCAGAAAGAAAAUGAGUCGAUAGGUGACUUUAUCGUUGCUCUGAAGUCGCUCGCCAUACCCUGCAAUUUCGGCGCCUUCCAAAAAGAGGCUCUUCGGGACCGAUUUAUAGCUGGAGUGAGCAGUGACAGUAUCCGAUGUCGCCUUCUAGCCCUUGAUGACAACGAAGCCACAUUUGAUAAGGUGUGCCAAGUUGCCUUCAGCAUGGAAGCCGCAGAACGGCAAACACGUGAGAUGCACAACGUGCCUGGGACGACGAAAGACUCCGAGGGAGGAGAAAGCGUACUUUGGAAGGACCAAAGACCUUCACAAAGGAAAGAUAUGGCGUCUGUGAUGUCAAGUGCGCUCAAUAUAUGACUGCAGGACAGGUGUGUACAUUCCCAUUAUAUGAAGUUCCAGCAUGUGACAGUCACAGCACAGCCAGUCU